UGUCGGGAGCAACUAUUCAGUUGCUAGAUAUUGGACGAGAUUCUUCAUAAUUUAUGAGCACAAGUGUAGCUACAUGCAUCGAUAAGUCCUUGUGGAGGCUUUCACGAUCUGAUUUUAAUGAGUUGGUAAAUCAAUUCCGAACUGGUAGAUAUGCAUGGGUGGUGAGGGAGAAAGUAAAGGCUCUUGAGGGCCUUGUUACGUGGCUAGAGGGAAAUCACCGUCUCAUGCAACCAAAUAGAUCAGAAGUUUUGGUGCAUCUGUAUGUUGUCUACAAUGCGAGCUACUCGCUCCCGCAGCUUUGCUUUUCACCAGCCUCCUGGGACGACUUUCCGCAUAUCCAUGAGUUUCUACCGAGAUUACUAUUCACAAACAUUGCAGAACAGAAUUCAUUGCAUGAUUCUGGAUCAGAGCGACCACUGGUUAGUUACACUUACGUGGACGACCUUCAGACCAUGGUUUAUACUGUGCAUCCUUGUGAUACCUCUGGCUUGAUGACAUGUGGUAAUCUAGACGGUCUAAAAGGAAAUGCUUUACGCAUCUUUCUCCAAGUCAUGGCACCUUUUAUUUCACUACCCACAGUGUUCAUCCCGGAUGAUGUAGCACUUUGA